AUGGGUCGCUCCCGCCGGACAGGCGCGCACCGAGCGCACUCCCUAGCCCGGCAGAUGAAAGCGAAGCGGCGGCGGCCGGACCUGGAUGAGAUUCAUCGCGAGCUGCGGCAGCAGGGACCUGCACCGCCCCAGGCCGAGCCGGACCCCGACCUGCCAGGGGGCGGCCUGCACCGCUGUCUGGCCUGCACGAGGUACUUCGUCGAUUCCGCCAACCUGAAGACGCACUUCCGAUCCAAAGACCACAAGAAAAGGCUGAAGCAGCUGAGAGUCGAGCCCUACAGUCAGGAAGAGGCCGAGAGGGCAGCGGGUAUGGGAUCCUAUGUGUCCCCCAGGCGGCUCGCAGUGCCCACAGAAGUGUCCACCGAGGUCCCUGAGAUGGACACUUCUAUCUGACAUGGCCUGAGGAUGCAGGGCAAAGGAGUUGCUCAUGGACAGUGACGAAAGGACUAGGCUGGGAGGGGGUGUGCCAGCCCCUUUUGGCCCUGGGUUUGUGAAGCGGACGGCCUCUUCUGGGUGCCCUGCCCCCAAUAAAGGAACUGGACAAAGA